AGGAAAUAGAGAAUGUGCCCAUCUUCCAUUGCAAGAAGAAAGCUCUUGCUUACCACAUUGAGCAAUCUUGUUUAUAUACCCCAUCAAUCUACUCUUCCCAAGGAAGAAAAAUCUCGUCUUUCAUGCAUUGUUAUUUUCUUCUUUUAAAUUUUGAGUAUCUUUUACAUGGCAAUGACCCUUCUUCAUUGCUCCCUAAUUACUUGUAACAUUACCUUUUUAAUGUUGUUAAUCACAACUUUACUAGCCCAAAAUACCUCAUUUCCCAUUGCUUAAAAAAAAAAAAAAAAAAAAAACCACAUCCCUAUUUUUCACAAUUCUUGUACCCGAUAAAAAGAAAAUAAUAUGGAAGUUGGAGGAGUUAUUAAUGGAAGUUCUAAUACUGUUUUGUUUCCAAGUGAGAAACUUUCUAAUUGUCUUUGGAUGUCCAAUUCUUCCCCCUCUUUUCAUGGGUCUGCAUCAAUGGUUAAUUUUGAAGACGGUGGCCGAGGAGAAAUCGCUAAAGAGAGGCCAUUUUUCCCAGCAAUUGACAAAGAAGAAACUGGCAAUGAUGAUUAUGAUAGUUGCUUUCAUCAUCCAGAAAAGAAGAGGAGACUUUUGCCUAACCAAGUGCAGUUUCUUGAGAAGAGUUUUGAGGUAGACAACAAGUUGGAUCCAGAGAGGAAAGUUCAAUUAGCUAAUGAACUUGGAUUGCAGCCUAGACAAAUUGCUAUUUGGUUUCAGAACAGGCGUGCUAGAUACAAGACUAAAGUACUUGAGAAGGACUAUGAUGUUUUGAAAGCUAGCUUUGAUAAACUGAAAGCUGAUUAUGACAACCUUUUCAAAGAGAAUGAGGAUUUGAGAAAUGAGGUUAAUUUGCUGACAGAAAAAUUGCAUAGGAGGGAGAAAGGGAAGGAAAACUCAGAACAAAUUGAACCGAUAGAUGCACAAGAAGCUCAAAAAGCAACUCCAAUUGUUUUUACCUCAAAUGUACCAAGUAUACCAAAGUUAGUGUGGAAACAAGAAGAUGCAAGUUCAGCAAAAAGUGAUGUUAUUGAUUCAGAUAGCCCACAUUAUACUGAUGGAAUUCAUUCUUCAAAUGUAUUUGAACCAGAGCCAUCUGAUUUUUCACAAGAUGACGAUGAAAACUUAAGCAAGAGCUUUUUAUGCUUCCCAGAAAUUGGUGAUCAAAUUCAAUAUAAUUCAUGCAAUUUGAAUUUCCAAAUUGAGGAUCAGCCUUGUUGGUUCUGGCAAUAGUUUCAAGAUUUGGCUCAAUCCUACUUUUAGUGUUCCAAAGCAACAACAACAAAAACGAAUUCAAUGUAAUUCCACAAGAGAAUAGUGUGUACCCGGUCUGAUCUAUCUCGUCCAGAGAUAGAGAGCUUGUUUCUCAUGGACCAGGACAUUUGCUAAAUUUCCUUAGAACAAUAAUAUGUUGUACAUAGGAUUACCAAGUACUAGUACUAGUUUGCCUAAAUGAGGUGUCUUUAGACUCUUUAUUAGCUUUGUUCCAAAAAAAAAAAGUUGUGAUUGGCCUUUUAUCUUUAGCUAAAAAACAAUUGGUACUAUUGCCUUCC